CGGCGUCGUGCAAGAGAUGACAAACCACCCUCCGCGCAAGCUCCGAUCUGUCAAGCAAUCAAAACAAAAACAUUGCACACAAACUGUUUUCAAUAAACAGUCCACAACAUAAACAACCGAAACAUGGAAUGCUUUUCCAACUGCUGCCGACUGUGUCGAUCAUGCAACGAGUCGACCCAACCCUGGAACCAUCUGUACGCUCCUCAAAACGCCCAGCUGGUGAAGCAGAUUCGGGCCUGUACCGGGGUGCAGAUCAGCGAGAGUGACGCGCUUCCCAAAUGGAUCUGCGACCGGUGCAUGACGGCGCUGGACCAGGCGUACUGCUUCCGGAUCCAGUGCAAGGAAACGGACGCCUGCUGGAGAACUCAGCUAACGCUGCUACGGAAGAACGUCGGAGCAGGUAUGGUAGCUAUACCGGCACCGCUAGUACCGAUGAAGUUAGUGUACGUGGAGCCGGAAGUUGGAGAAGUUAGCACGGAACAAGUGGUCAAAGAGGAACCACGUGAUGAAUUUGAAACCGAACAAGUUGUCAAUGAGAAACCACAGGAUGAAUUUGAAACAGAACGGGUGGUUAAAAACGAACCACCAGAUGAAACUGAAAUGGAAGAAGCGCCUGACGAGGAAUCUCAGGAAGAAAUGGAGCUCACAGAACCGCUGUAUGAACCGGAAGUACAACCAAACAGUUCAAGCAAAAGCAAACCAAAGGCAAAGGUAAUCUAUGACGAACGACGCAACCACGGCUCGUCCUGGAACAACCGCUUGCAGUGUCGAUUCUGCCCAAAACACUUUGGCCGACCGGGUCGGCUUCGGAAGCACGAGAUGCGCCACACGAGCGAACGGACCAUCGCCUGUCUCAACUGCAACAACAAAUACUUUACCGAGGCCGAUAUGCUAGCUCACGUGGAGAGGAUUCACGCUACAGAUCUACCGCAUGGUUGCGAAGAAUGCGGCAAACGUUUCUUGAAAAAGGGACAGCUGGUGAACCAUGCGGUCACGCACGCCGAGCGGCGACCGUUUACGUGCGAGGUGUGCCACAAGAGCUUCAAGAACAAGUAUUAUCUGAAGUAUCAUUUAGGGCUGCAUGAAAAGAAAUUUCAAAAACAGGAGCGGGAACAGAGUGAAAACGGUAAUAAAAAAAAAGUUGUUUUAAGAGGAGACUAAACAGUUUAUCUUUUU